CCAGGCUUCUAGUCGAGAUUAUAGGGGGACUUCUCAUUUCUCAGUGAACUACCUCCAACAAGAAAGAAAGAAGCACAGAUUCGUUCAAAGAAACGCAACAAAGUUCUAGUGCAGAAAUGGAUGACAAAUGCUUUGAAAGUUUUGAUUCUUUCUGGAAUGCAUUCACGAGCAUCGAUUCCAUCACAACUCUGAAUGAAACUCUUGGUCCUCUAAGUGUGACUAAGUUUGAUUCUAAUGGUUUUGAUGCAAAAGCUCUCAUUGAUGGUAUCAUACGUAAUGCUGCUGCUGCUAAAAGAUCAAAGGCUCAGUUUUGUGAAGAUUUAGUUUAUAUGAUUGUGAUUGGUUUGACUAAUGGAAACAUUAGAGCUACAGAAGGAAGAAUUAAGGAACUUUCAGCAAGGUAUAAGAUUCGCAUCAGAGCUGCAAAUGCAAAUUCUAGGAUUGAUGGUCGUGGGUUAACUUUUGCAAGAACAAUUUCAUUAUUUCCUAAUCUUGCUAGCAUGUUGCUACACAAGUCACCUGGCAUAACCAGGAAAGUGAAUCAAUCUUCUCUGAACGUGCAAGAACUCCCUUCUGCUAUGCAACAUUUUGCAUUUGCUUCUUUGAUUCCCAAGUGUGUUCACAAGACAAUCUCAACUGUUUUCAUGUUUGCCACUAUCGCUUACAUGAUUGAUUUUUCAAAGACCAUAACGCCUAGCCUUGUGACUAAAACAGCUAAGGAGCUAUAUCAAGUGCAAGAUAAAUAUUUUAAUAUCGCCUAUGCCAAGUCUCGCUAUGCUGAAACAGCUAAGAUUGGGUACUUAAUGUCAUAUGGGCUUCAUCUUCCUGAGAAUUUUACAAAGGUGAUCAAUGUUGCAAGUAGGCUGCAAUUUGAAGUGUUUGGUUCUGUGAUGGAUGCAGAGGGAAUCAAGAAGGAGGUUAUGAAGAAUAAUGUUUUGCAUUUAGCUGAUGAGGCUGCUCAGAACGCAACUGCUGCUACAGGGAUAGUCCCCAUUUCUUUCUAAAAUGACGUGCUUGGCGAGGUAAAAGCAGUGCACACCCAAGCAUCAGUGGACAACACUUGGCGUGUAGUUGCUGACCAUUUCAUGCCUUUACUUGGUUGGAAAUGUUUCUAUCCUUCUGUUCUGAGCUUUUACAUUCACCGAUUAAUAAAAAGUGUGGGCUUUUGAUGCUUUUGGCAGCUUGUCUCAUCUUAAUUGUUUUUGUAGUCUUCAACUUUCAAGCAAAUCAAAGUCCAGUUAUUCAAGGUUUUACUGUUAG